ACCGCGCAUGCGCUUAUUUUUGACAAGCGCACUUGUCAAUCAUGCGCAAUGAGAGCUGCGCAGUGGCCCAGCCCACGUGUGUAAAGGUGCGACAUGGCGGAAGGUGUAGCGGCGGCGGAGCUGGCAGUGUUCAGUGAGGAUGGCUCCAGACUCGCCGUUUGCUCUCUCGACGGAGAGCUCAAAGUUUGGAGCGUCGCCACGCGGACUCUCGUGUCCCGAUUUACGCCUGAAGACGCGAGAGGCGGCGCCAUUGCGACCGCCUCGUGGAGUCGGGUUCUUCCAAAACAUCGGAAGUCGGGGCAGAAGAUAGCAGUGGCAGUGAGUUCAAAGGUCGUGGUAUGGAAUGCAGCCAAGGGAAGAGAGGAAUGUGUUCUGUCUGGAGUCCAUUCCAGUGGGGUGAGUGGUUUGGCAUGGGGACCAGAGAACUGUUGUCUCUAUUCUGCGUCAGAAGAUAAGCAUGUUGCAGUCUGGGACACCAAGACAUGGGAAUGCAAUCACAAAUGGAAAGCAGACAAACAUGGUGUCAAGUGUAUCAGUUGCCACGGUGAUAGAGAUAUCGUAGCAACGGCUGGUCGGACUAUAAAGUUGUGGAAUUGCGAUGACUACUCCUUGAUAAAGAGGUUCUCAGGACAUGCCACAUCUGUUUCCUCUCUCAUCUUCAUUGGAGAUGGCCUCCUCAUCUCCUGUGCCCGUGACGACCGAGUCAUCUCUCUCUGGAGUUCAGAGGUGAAAGGUUCGGCAGCUGUUGCGUCAUUCACUUGUGAACAAGAAGUCUCCUCUUGUCAUGUGACUGUUACCAUGGGAACAGUUCACGUGGUAGCUCGGACAGUUGAAGGAGUGCUACAUAUGUUCAAAUAUCCACUGACCAAUCAGAUUGCAGCUCCAAUUUCGGCUCACUCCACAGUUCAGUUCACAACAGGAGCAACUAGCAAAGGAGAAACUCCGUCGCCCCUGCCAGUGUUAGCUGUUAGUUUAUCAUCUGAAGGGAUCACCGUAGCUCAUGGAUCUUCCCUAAGACCGAGCAUUGAGACCUUGGGGUGGAGUGAGUGUGAAGGGGGGAGGGUGUGUUUGGUGAGGGAGAAAGCAGCUGGACUCCUGUUGCCUGGUGACGGAGACACCAGAACAAAGAACCACAAGACCCAGUCCCGGCCUGUGACAGUACUGGGUCCAGGUCACAUGACCUCUGAUGGAGAUCACGUGACUCCUUGUCCGGGGGUGGAGCUGACCUCUGACCCCACAGCCGAGGCUCCACUGGGCAGUAGGAUGUCAGGAGGGGGUGUGGCUUCGUGUCGGGAACAAGGAAAGAAUCGAGUGGCGACAGCUGAGUCUCUGAGUCGACUGCUGGGCCAGGCAGUCCAGAGUGGAGACAGAUCUCUCUUGGAGGAGGCCCUCAGAGUGAGGAGGGAGAACAUCAUACGACAGACACUGCGCAGACUUCCCCUCUCCCUCAUCCUCCCUCUCCUCAGACAGCUGGUGAGACUGCUGGAGACAUGUCCAUCUCGGGGUCUGGAGCUGAGUCUGUGGGUCCACCAUCUGCUGACUCAGCACUCUGCCUACCUCAUCACACAGCCUCAGCUAAUGGCAGUCCUUUCCUCUUUCUACCAGGUCGUGCACCCGACCUCUCCUUUUUUGCACGUAGCAUGUCUUUCUUGCCAUGUAUUGCUAUAGUAAUUACCUGGCCUUGAGGCUAAGUGGUGUGGAUGGCCAGUGUUUUUUUUUCUUUUUCGCCACAUUAUUAGUGUUAUUGACUGUGAGAAAUAUAUAUAGUGUGUCCUCUUGUCCUAUAUAGGUACUGGAGACUAGGUCUUCGGUGUACAACAAGCUCUGUAGAAUACAUGGGAAACUGGGUCUCAUGAAUAUUCAUGACCCUGAAGUGGCAGCAGAAAUAGUGACUCAGCCUCUCAUUUCGGCCACACUAGGAGAGGAAGUUCUUGGGCAUGGAGAGAGUUCAGAGCAGAGUGAGGGUGAGGAAUUGGAGAGCGACCAAUCAGAUUCAGAGUCUGACGUUGCCAUGGACACAGAAGAUCAUAAACACCAAGACCUUACAUAAUGCUAUUGUGACAAAUUUAUACCAGCACUUCAAUAACACCAAAAACUGCACAAACUGAUUACUAUUUCUACUAGAGAAUCAGGUGGGGGUGGUCAAUGUUGGGAGACCUUUGACCUCCAGUAGUUAAUGCCCACAAACGUUCCACUGAGACCGAGGAAGAAGAGGUAGAGAGCAGCUGCCCCCCAGCAUGAGUAUGCAGCAUUAGAGUAAGCCCUAGUGACAUCAUCCUCAGCAAAGUACUCGACAUUGUUGAGGGAGCCUAUGCAGUCAUGAUCCUUGUCUGUGCAUUUGUGGAGACCCGUCUCUAUGUCUUCAAACAGAGCCACCGCCUCCAGCUUGAAGAACACUCCCAGGAGACCCUGCACGCACACACACACACACACACACACUUGUGCUAUCUAUUGACAGAGUGGACUAUUGUGAGGGUACAAGAUGUUAGGUCUUUCAGUCCAUUCACUGCUACAACACAACUAGUCCCUUCUCUCUCUCUCUUUCAUACAUUUCCUUGGAAUAAGUCUCACUUCUCCAUCUACCAAGCCAGACUAGAUUACUGGACUAACUCACCAACAUGAUGACGCCCCACGUACUGACCACCAAACAACACAGGGAACACUUGGGUCCACAGAUCGUGAACAGGAUAUUUCCUGCCGUGCUUCCUCCAGCCAUCUGCACCACGGACCCCACCGUUCACUAGCUAUACUGCAACACCAGCGAAUGCAUAUCCUUACCUUCCGCAGCUCUCACAACUCGCUGGUUUCUUUCCCUUCGAACUGCUGAAUUGAAACAGACGGGGUUUUAGGAUAUCAUGUGACGUUA